GGGUGUGGAAUUCACGUUCAGAUUCUCCAAAGUAACUCUGAGAUCUUCUCAUCAAUUUACCCAGUCAAUAAUUACGAUUCUCAAUUUGUAUCGCGAUUACCUUCACGUCGAUUCCGACUCUAGGUGAGGUCGCCACGGCAACCGUGUCCAGGCAGCGGCGCCCCACGCGCCAGGCGAGGCGACUCGGCAAGAGGCAAAAAAAGUUUAAAUUGUUCCUCAGGUUCCGGUUUAUUUGUUGUAAAGUGUGAACGAAACGACGACACCGAGUUAUUGUUUAGGUUGUUGUUGUUGAGCGCGCGUCGACUGCCGUGCAGUGUUCAGGUACUGCAUUUGCACAGUCGGAAUCGUCCACUGGUGGAGCGGUGGCGCAGCGGUUAGCGCACUGCUACGCGCUGUCAACCCGGAGAACAGCCCAGUUCGGCCAACAUCAGUGGCGAGUGGUAUCCUGCCCUCCGUCGCCCCUUCACCAAUCCGCACUGACCAGCGUGGUGAAGCUUCCUCGGGCUCCAGGAUGCCAGGCAUACGCAAGGAGAAGCCGGACGGCGUGGUAAAAAAAGGGUCCGCCAGGAAAGAACCCAAACGUCCUCGCAGCAAAGACAGCUCCACAUCCGCGCGUUCCACGGGCCGUGGCACGCAGCGAUCUACAGCCUCCACCGACCUCAAGGAUCAGCAUGGCCAGGAGGAUAUGAUUGUGGAAUCGGCCCCUGCGGGAGUGUUGCCCCUGUUCCUGUCCACACAAUCUCAGGAGCUGCUGGGGCUGCGUGCAGACGAGGACGUGACGGCGGCGGCGCCUGUGCGCCUCAUUCCCAAAGAGACGCUGCUCGCAGACGUGCGGCAGCGUGGAGCCACAUCAGACAUCCACCCCUUCAGACAGACCCUGCUGGACUCUGAGUGUGAGGAGCUGCUGAUCGGAUACGACCCUGAUUUUCGCUAUGGACAGAAGUUUUACCUUGUCGUGACCAAGGAAGCCCAGGAGAACAUCUUAAAUCCACCUCAGGCCCUCGAUGAGCCCUCCUCCUCCCCGUCGGUCCCAGCGGGUAAGCUGGACUACCGCCCGCCAUCGUCGCGUCCGUGGGUCUCCCUGGGCAGCGACGCUGACAUCGACGAAGCCUCCAGUCUCCCAACCCGGCCCCAGCUGCGGUUCAGUCUGAGCCGUCCGAGGCGUGAGUUCGGGUCACCCCUCAAACUCUCGGAUGCGGAGCCCGGGCGGAUGCGUGGGGUCGACUGUGCCUCAUGUCAAGACCCCACAUUCUCCCUGCGCCGGAUGGAGGUGGAUGCAGACACACAGGCCGUGCCGCUCACUCGUGAGCAGGGCAGCCAGACUACUUGGCGGUACCCACGCAACGCCUGCACGCAAAGCGAGCCACGCACAAUGUCUGAGGAGCAGCAAUCCACCCUCCUCUCCUCCAGCAGCGUGCAGACCUUCCUAUCCGCUGCACUGCCUCGAAUGGAGAUGGUCCUGCAGCAGGGCGUCAUCGCGAACGUAUUUGUGGACGAGUGGGCGGCGCUGGUGGAUGAGGAAGGCUCAGGGUUCGGGGGUCAUGCCCUCACUCAGUUCCGCGAGCACCAGAGUUUCAGUGACCUAAGGCGCGGCAAGGGGCGUGCGGUGUCCUGCGUGGACUGGCACCCCAGCCUGCCCGGAGUGGUGUGUGUGUCAAUGGUGGAGCGAGCGUCAUUUGACGAGAGGAUUGACCGCUCCUCACACCUCAUCGUGAGCCCCUCCUUGCUUCUCAUCUGGAGCUUCACAGACCCCAUUCACCCCCAGCUACUUCUGGAAGCACCAGAGGACAUCCUCAGUUUCCAGUUCUCUCCCACUGACCCCAACAUCAUCGCUGGGGGCUGCUUCAACGGACAGGUGGUGCUGUGGGAUAUCUCGGAGCACGUGGAAAAACUACAGCUUGGCCGGACGGGCGGACACCAGAACGGGCUCACCAGAGGAGCACGGCGCUCGUUUGAGGAGGACGAGGGGUCUGUGGAGGACGUCCGCCUGCGCUGGUGCGCCGUCUCCGCCAUUGAGCACGGACACAGAGCGCCCGUCUCGCACGUGCAGUGGCUCCCGGCGCACUUUGAGGUGACGCGGGCGGGUGCUGCUGUGGAGAACGAGAGCCGGAUGUGCCUACAGCUGCUCACGAGUGCCACAGACUGCUCCAUCCUCAUGUGGGACGUGCGUCCGGGCAGAGCAGCUCCAGCCGGGCCCGGCGACAAGAAACGCUCAGAGCAUCGACAGAUCGACGAUCCCAGCGGGGUCCCCACCACCUUCAAACACCUGAACCUCACCUGGAGACCUCUCCUUAAGGUGACCCUGCCGAGGCUGGAGUUGGGUGGGGAGUACAACCCCGUGUGCUGCAGCCUGCAGGAACGCAGCCUCCCAGAGCCCUCCCACGAGCGGGGAGGUGUGGGGACCCAGCGAGGGGACGUCCCUGGGUAUGGGGCGAUCCACAGAGUGGCCUCCGCCAAGCAACCACAAGCCCUGGACGCAGUCAGCACGCGUCUGAUAGUGGGCACGCAGGAUGGGGAGCUGGUCUGCACUGACUGGCGCCCAGAGAAGGACAAUGACUCUGGCAAGCUCUCCAGCACGAAGCCCCUGGCCGUGAGUGUGGUGCACGCGGGGCCAGUGCACACAGUGCAAGCGUCACCACUGCUGCCGAGCGUGCUGCUCACAGCCGAUGACGACUCCUUCGCUUUGUGGAAGGAGGGCGGCACGGGAGAACCCCCUCUACUGCUACUGCUGCACGCUGGCGGUGGAAUUACUGCCGCCACCGCCAACACCGCUGCUGGAGCCGCCAAUGCUGGCCCUGGGGGCGGGGCACGCCGGGGCUACACGGCCGGGUGCUGGUCCCCGUCCCGCGCCGCCCUCGUGUUCCUAGCACGAGCCGACGGUGCACUGGAGACGUGGGACCUCCUGGACCGCACACAUGCGCCGCUCCACACGCAGGCAGUGUCACCGGCCAGCCUCACGUUCAUCACCCCGCGGGCACUCGCACAGCGUCAGCAGCUGCUGGCCGUGGGCGACGAGCUGGGCACCCUGCACAUACUGGAGGUGCCACGUGCCCUACGGCACGGUGCCGCCUCUGAGGUCUCCGCCAUGCUUGCCUACCUGGAUCGCGAGCGGGAGCGGUUGGAGUUCACUCUGCAGCGCCAACAGCAGCGGGAACGCGAGAAGCAGCAGCAAAAAGCGGAGCAGCAGCAGCAGGGACAACGGAGACAACAGAAGGGACAGGGCGAAAACAAGCAGCAGGUGGCUACGGAGGCGAGCGAGCUGGAGCAACAGCAGCAGGAUGAACUGGAGCGACGCGAGUACGAUGAGUUCCUGGAGCUGGAGAAACUCCUCCUCUCACAGCUCAACCUCGAGUCAAGGCUUCAGGAGGCAUAAAGACAACACCAUCACCAUCAGAAUAAACAACAUCGCAAUCAACGCUAUUACUACCAUCCCCCCACCCAACACAGUUCCAGACAGCAUUGAGAAGAGGCUUGCAUCACCACGAUCAUAUUAUCUAUAUUAU